UGAGGAAGUCCGCUCAAAGGGGAAGGAUCAUGGGAAAUCUGUCUCCGUAACUUCUGCCUUUUCAGUCAGUUUUAGAGUUUUGAUCAUGUCUCACACGGGCUCUGUUCUGUGUUUGAACCUGCUCCUGUUUCUCCAUGUUGUUGCUCACUUCAGGAGUAAUGCACAGCAGCAGUGGCCCGUUCCGUACAGACGGGUUGACAGUCGUCCCGCUGCAGACUCUUUCUGUGAAGCUCUCUUCCCGUUCUGUCCCACCGGAGACAGUGAUGGACGGAUCCCCUCCAUGAGAGACAGCGACGUCAUCUCAGUUUACCGCCUGCAAACACCUGUGUGGGAAUUCAAGUAUGGAGAUUUACUGGGGAAAUUGCAUAUCAUGCAUGAUGCCAUUGGGUUCAGCAGUUCAGAAACAGGGAGUAACUUCACCGUGGAGUGGUAUGAGCUGUUCCAACUGGGAAACUGCACCUUCCCUCACAUCCGGCCCGAGGAGUAUGCGCCUUUCUGGUGCAACCAGGGAGCCGCCUGCUUCUUCGGAGGCAUCGAGGACUUACACUGGUCCCAAAAUGGCACCUUGGAGAAAAUAGGAGAACUUACAGGGAACCAGUUCAACGACAUGGUCCAGUGGGUGCAGGAUGACAACGAGACGGGAAUCUACUACGAGACGUGGACAGUCCGCUCCGACCCCAGCCCUAACGCCACCGUGUGGUUCGAGUCCUACGACUGCUCGCAGUUUGUCCACCGCACGUACAGGAAACUCACGGAGCUGGGAGCCAAACUCUCCAGCAGAUCACAGACCAACUACACCAAGAUCUACCUCUUCAGCGGGGAGCCCACCUACCUCGGCAACGACAGCAGCAUCUUCGGACAGCCCGCUCUGAAGAACCUGGCAGGGGACAUCCGUACAUUUUACCACACAUUCAGACCCCAUCAGACGUUUGUAGACUUUGCCGUCAGUCUGUUGGAGGCGUAUGAGAAGGUCGUGUUAGAAAAGAGCUUCUACCUCUACUACAACUUUGAGUACUGGCAUCUGCCCAUGAAGCCUCCCUAUAUACAGAUCACUUAUGAAGAGGUGCCUUUGCCUUAAUAUACAACUUUUACGAGUGUUUUCAUGAAGGGUUGCAAAUACUUUUUUAUCGAUGAUUGAUCUGUUCGUUCAAAAGCCAAGGAUAUGAACAAGAAUCUGAAAAGCUGCAAAUCUUCCCGUCUAAGAAUUUGAAACCAGCGGUGGCCUUUUUGCUUGAUUGACAAUUAUUAGAUUAUCAAGGGGUGUUGGAGUUUAAAGGAUCAUUUAUGUGUGCAUUUCCUUCUUACAGUUACAACAGUGUUUGUUCUACAUUUUGUAUUGUUUACAUCCAUUUUGUUACCCCUUCUGCCAUGCCUUGGACACACAUCAAAAGCUCCAGAACAGCUACUACUCUGUAGGGAGAUAAUUUAGUUUUUUUAACCAAAUGUAACGAUAAAUACCGACACAAAAUACUAUUGGAGGUGAUUUUGUGGAGAACUGUUUUUCAAAUAACCUAGUUAUCGUGUCACAGUACAUAUAUAUAACCACAUCAGGUCCAGCCUUAGGUUGUUUUGCAUUCAGAUUUGUACAGAUUAACUAAAGAUACAGUAUAUGUACAGAGUUUUUAUUUUCAUUGUUCAUAUCUUUUCCUACUUUAUGUAUUGCCCAAUUUCUUGGAUGCUACUUGUGUGUUUUAUUUAACAAAUUGUAAAGACUGCAGUGUUUGAAGAUAAUAAAGACAGAUACAAAAAGUA